AUGAACUAUAAGCCACUUCAAGUUAGAAGGUAUAGCUAUUUGGAGGUCCAGAAAGCGACGAACUCCUUCAAAGAAAAAAUAGGACAAGGGGGUUACGGUAGUGUGUACAAAGGCAAAUCAAAUGACGGUUGUCUUGUAGCGGUGAAGGUCUUGAACAAAUCAAAAGGGAACGGAGAAUAUUUUAUGAAUGAGGUGGCAACCAUUACUAGAUGUUAUAGAACUUCCCAUGUCAACAUAGUAAGUUUGUUAGGCUUUUGUUUUGAGGAUUCAGAAAGAGCUCUCAUUUAUGAAUUCAUGCCUAAUGGAUCUCUUGAGAAGUUCAUAUUUGAUGUAAAUACCCCGAACAAAAAUCAUCACUUGGGAUGGGAAGCAUUAGAUCGAAUUGCACUUGGCAUUGCUCGAGGGUUGGAGUAUUUACAUCGCGGUUGCAACACAAGAAUUCUACAUUUUGACAUCAAGCCUCAUAACAUUCUUCUUGAUGAAAAUUUCACACCAAAAAUCUCUGAUUUCGGCCUUGCUAGGAUAUGCAACAUGAAAGAGAGCAUUGUGUCAAUGGCGUGUGCAAGAGGCGCUUUUGGUUACAUUGCUCCAGAAGUAUUCUCUAGGAAUUUUGGAGGGGUCUCACACAAGUCAGAUGUAUAUAGCUAUGGGAUUAUGCUUUCGGAGAUGGUUGGGGGAAGAAGGAACAUCAAUGCCGAAGCUGAAGAUACAAGUGAAAUAUAUUUUCCACACUGGAUUUACAAGCGUAUUGAACUUGAUGAAGAACUUGGUCUGCCGAGUAUCGUGAAUGAGGAAGACAAAGUAAGAGCAAGGAAGAUGGUAAUAGUGAGCCUGUGGUGCAUACAAACAGACCCUUCAAACAGGCCAGCGAUGAAAGAUGUGAUAGAUAUGUUUGAAGGCACUAUCCAUUCUACAUCCAAGGCAGGCAAGAAUCCUUCUGUGGGUACCCGGAAGGUCUUCCAGCUCUCUUGCCAUGGAGAUGGUGAAGAUGCCUACCCACUUCUCCAAUUGUCUGGUAACAAUUACAUCAUCCACAACAUCGAUUACCAAAGAAAGUCUCUUCUUGUCUCAAAUUCUCUGCUUUCAGGCUACUUAGAAAGCACUGCUUGUAACAAUGAUAUUUCAUCACUCCAUAACUUAACCCUUCCCAAUGAUCAGUUCGAGUUGGCUUCAAACCAAGCUGACUUCUUUUUGCUCUACAAUUGCAACUCUUCUGUGGUUGAGUCAUUUCCAAAGUACAAAGUCGGUUGCUUUGAUCAGGCAACUAACAAAACCAGAAGUAAUACUUCAGUUCUGGCUCUGCCUCGGGAUGAAUAUCCAAAAUUAGGAAGUGACAAGUGUAGAGGAGAAGUGGUGGUGGCUCAUGCUAGAGGAGGGUAUGAGAAUGGUGAGGUGGGAUUAAUACAAGAGGUUUUGAGCAGAGGGUUUGAGCUGAAUUGGUUUGCUAGUGACUGCAGCCGCUGCCAAGACAGUGGAGGGAGGUGCGGCUUCAAUUACACAACCUACCAUUUUAGGUGUCUCUGCCCACGGCAGACUUUUUCUUUGCGCUGUGGUUCGUACGAUGAGGCUUCAUCGGCGCAAUUGCUGGUCUCAUGGUUAGAGCAACUCCACCCCUUGGGGCAGAUUUUCGGAUGUGAAUCUCGAGGGUGUUAG